UAAGCAUUGUAAGCAUUGUCUCUCAUCCUCGCACGAUACCCCUGCCAACCUAUCAACCCCAGUCGUGCCCAGAAAGCCUAGUUCUCGUUGCAUGCCUUCUGGCUGCCUCCUUGCAGCAACGCAGAUCCUUGGUUGACAGGCUCCAGGCACGGAGCAACAGGGUCUCUGUGCCCAGACUUGAUUUUGAUACGGAUACGCGAAUAAAUCUCGAGGUUUUGGUCAAUGGAUAUCACGCGACACAAUCCGAUGUUCCGCAAUCACGCGAACCAGAUAUAUAAGUACCCAUCGUAUCAACAAGUUGUCAAACUUUCGAAGGAAACUUGUGUCCAUGACAUCAGAUCAGAUUUCAUCAAAAAGCAUGCAGAGAAGAUAAACUUCGCUUGCCGCUUGUCACCAUCUUCAAUUCUCCGAUCGUCCCUCAGCCUUGAUUUAACCCCACAGGUGUUAGGUCCAAGCUAACGUAUUCUGCUACCACCAAAUUGAGCGGGCUAUUUUGGGAUAUCUCAUGCACUUGAUCCCAGAGCUUCCUCACUACUAUAUUUGACUUACACAAAUAGUAGCUCUGGCCUAUACUUUCUGGACUUCAUGGGGUUAUCUCUAAUGUAGCGAGCUUAUUUUUCUAGGUACCUCGCCUUACAUUACCUAGAGGUGUGCGCUUCUCCGCAAGAUAGAAAUGUAGCCAAUCAGAUCUUAGAAAAACCAUCUCAGCAAGUGUUUAUCCCGACUUCACUGCCAUUCCACAACUAUUUUCUCAACCAAGUGGAACAUCCUGGCUAUCUGGUAAACUGAUGCAGUAUGACGAGUAGCUAAUUAUGAUUUUUCAUCCUCCCUCCCCCUGCCAUUUCUAAUUUAUGGCUCUUGGGUAGGCAUAGCUAAGGUAUGUUUCAACAAAGGUUGUCCUCUAGGGCCUGGGAUUCGAGGAGGGAUAUCAUCCUUCAGUGACAGUUACUCCCGUUCUCCAAGAACUGCACUCUUCUAUCAAUCCGUUUCAAUGGUUUCCCCAUGUUUUGUAGGAUCACAGCGGAGUUCAUAUCAGAUAGAACCCAUGGGAGCCGCCCUGUGUGCCAUUCAAGCAUCCAGGUGCGUACCAAGGGAGCUACCACGCUCAAUAUACAGGUUUGAGGUCAUUCAGCUCAUUCUUUGCCGGUCAUCGUCCAGUCUCCUUGUCGCUCUUGUGAAAUCCCAACCACUCGCCCAGCAUACCUCCCGGCUUCGGCAGUGGGCAUUCCCUCCUUGCUCUAUCUUGUGCGUUCUCUGCCUCGUCGCUCGCCACAUCGUUAAAUUGAACAAUCCCAUCCUCGACUUUGGGACUGGCAUCCUUCCUCUUCCAUCUCAUUCGUCGGCCAUUCUCGUCAACCAUAACAUCUCCAUCGGCGAAGCGGGCCCGGGGUACGGGGCAAGGAAGCAAAUGCGGAAUCGUGACGACUAGAAAGCAUGCGGCGACUGUCGUUGCGAAGAGCGACGAUGUCAUUCGCGAUUUCGGGUGAAGGAGUGGUGGCAUGAUCCUGGUUAGGUCUGGAGGUCGUUUGGUGUAGUGUGGACUCUAAAGGUCUCAAUUGGUCGUCAGCGGGUGUUUCAAUGGGUUCCAGAUGCCAUUGAACUCACAUGACAACUGUAGCAUCAUCCUCCAGACAAGCAUUGACCAGGUCAACGUUGCCGACAGUAUCGAGCGAUUUGUGGUGGUGAUCCAGAAUUCGUAAAGGUUCACCCAAACCUGAGUUAUGAUGUGACUCUCAUUGGCUACCGGCGGAAGGGGAUUGUUUCGGCCUCGGCUCUAUGUAAGCCCGACCUCUGGUUAUUCAUUGGUGGGGCAGUUGUGUGUCUCCACCUCGAAGAGCGUCACUCAACACCGCGAAUCGCGAAAUCUCCAAAUCCCCAACUACAACCAACACGCGCGACCAGCUUUCAAGUCAUCCCCGUGUUCAGCUCAAAUCACGUCGCAUCGCAAGCAUCGCAUCGCAUGACAACUCCCGGCUACACACGAUAUGUUAUGAUCAUUUUCUUUGAUACGGCUUAGGAUUAAAGAUUAGCGGCGCGCGCAUCCCCACGUGCCAGCCCACCAACUCUACCCUUUCACGAUGAGCGACCUCGACAAGUGAGGCUGAACGCCCGAUCGCCGGUCUUCGGAUUCUUGAGCUAAUAACUCAUUCUCAGGGCCAUUGCGCAGCUGCGCGCAUGCCGACCGAUUCCGGAAGCGCAAGUCCGCGAGCUCUGUCAUAAAGCUCGGGAACUUUUAAUAGAAGAGGGCAACGUCGUCACUGUAUCGGCACCAGUAACGGUAUGCCUCAUGCCUUAAUGAAGGCCCAGCAAUCUCUGAUUCUCUUAUUAGAUAUGUGGUGACAUUCAUGGCCAAUUCCACGAUUUGAUGGAGCUCUUUCGAGUUGGAGGCGAUGUUCCAGAUACAAAUUACCUGUUCAUGGGCGACUUUGUCGAUCGCGGCUUCUAUUCACUGGAAUCUUUCCUCCUUUUGCUCUGCCUAAAAGUUCGAUACCCCGAUAGAAUGACACUAAUCCGCGGCAACCACGAAUCUCGUCAAAUCACCACAGUCUACGGUUUUUACGAUGAGUGCAUAAGAAAGUACGGCAGCGCUAAUGUUUGGCGUUACUGUUGCGACAUCUUUGAUUACCUGGCGCUUGGUGCGAUCGUAUUGGGCGCCUCCAACACCAUGUCGCCUGGGGUGGAACCUGUCGAUGACGAAACUGAGAUCGAGGUUUGCGACCAGAACGGCUCUAUAAUGAGCCGUUUCCCCCGACGUCGGCCAGAUGAUAGCUCGCAAGAUCAGAUCCAAAGCCCAGGUGGGACAGCGAUGGACAAGACAGGCCCCCCAGGAUCGGGCGCUUCAGGGUCAAGCGGUGGCUCGGUGGGAAAUCCAGCCGGAGCAGUGCUUUGUGUUCAUGGCGGUUUGAGUCCAUUGGUCGAUACAGUUGACAAGAUUCGCUUGAUUGACCGCAAACAAGAAGUCCCCCAUGAAGGUGCCAUGUGCGAUCUACUCUGGUCCGACCCAGACGAGAUCGACGGCUGGGGUCUUUCCCCACGAGGUGCAGGUUUCCUCUUUGGAGCUGAUAUCGUCAAGGUGUUCAACCAUCGAAACGACCUGAGUCUCAUUGCCCGCGCGCACCAGCUUGUCAUGGAGGGAUUCAAGGAAAUGUUCGAUGCUUCUAUCGUCACUGUGUGGUCUGCUCCGAACUAUUGCUACCGCUGUGGAAAUGUUGCUGCGGUCCUGGAACUCUCUGAGGACGAGUCUGGCACAGGUCUCUUCGCCCGUAGCAAUGGUGAUGUUGGCAGAAGCGAUGGCGGUACUGGAGUCAUGAUGGAGGGCGGUAUGCCUCCUAGGAGCGGUCCUGCGCGGCGAUACAGGGUUUUCCAAGCUGCACCACAAGAUUCGCGAGGAAUGCCUGCCAAGAAGCCAGUCGCGGAUUACUUCUUGUGAUCAUCUAUUUUGCCAUUGUCUAUUAUUUUCAUAUCUACCGGCCACAAAUGUGGCUUUGUUUCACGGAAUUAACUUGGGGUUUGGGGUUACGGGCAGGGUAUGGAGUUCGAUAAUAUUCAAAAUUCAUUAUAUACCACCUGAGUCAAAGGGUAUCGUCAUGGUACGCCUCUUAAAUGCUUGAUAUCCCACGCAAUGCAGUUCGAUCAGUCCCAGGCUACUUUCCGGCGUUUCUAAACCCGUGCAACAAGCCACCUCAUACUAUAAACAUACCUCCUGGUCCCUUGCUUGGAUACAGCUCCGCACAGUUGUCAAACCUCUCAAGCAAUUCUAACCAAUUUUGCAAAGUGUCGAAGCUUUCAAUAGAUCCCCAGCUUGUGGAUGCGGGGUUCUCGUAGACCUCUAUCUGAAACAUGAGUGCCUGUUUGGGUUCCUUUUUCCGUCCUAUAGAUGUCAAGAGGUAUGGCAUCCUUUUCAAGGCAUCACGCAGUAUGACUUGGUCUUCAGUAGACAGUCUUCCACGAUAUCUGCAAAUGUCAGAGACAAGGGUACAAACAGCGACGGCAGCAUUGACCUCGUCAAUGCUAAACGCUCUAUUUGCGUUCAAAUCAUGUGACACAACGGGUUCAGGGAAUUCCGGAGCCGUUGUUGUUUCUGAAGCCGUCUUCGAAUUGAAACUAUCAAGGAUCUGGUCGAAGUUGUAGGCAUGCUUUUGACAUAUGUCAGCGGAUUCUUUCACCUCAUUCGACGUAUAUUCCGGUGCCCUACCAUAUCUAGGCAGCAUUUCUUCUUCAUCACCACCAACAAGUCUCGACUUCAGGAUUGAAGGUGUUUCGCUGCAGGUCGAAGAAAGUCGCGUCCUUCUCUCUUCCUCUUCCUUGUGCCAUGAAAUAUAGGGCUUGAAUCUUUUUCGACCGACACGAGUUCGAAGGGUUGAAAAGAGUUCGAACCAAUCUGAAAAUCUUGAGGAGGUAUUUUCGCCUGUGUCAUACGGAUCAUAACUCCCGUUUUCAACUGAGACUUCCUGGUGCUUCCUCUUCUUGGCUUGCUGACCCAUGCUGGAUGUAGCUUGCUUUGAUCCUUUUUUGAUACUUGGUGAUCUGCCUUGACAGUGGAUAAGCCUAGGAUUGGAACCGAUAGUUUGAUGUGCGGUAUGCCCUCAACUGGAUAAGUCAACGGGAUGCCCAGUCUUCUAUCGCUUGGAUGUUCAUCCACAGUUAUGUGACCGUUCCCGAGUGAAGGGCUUGGGAUGUUUGUAAAUGCUUUGCGCCCGGGUCGGCGAGGGGUUUUAUAGGUGUGAGGCGACAUAUGUUCCGCACAGCGCAAAGUGUUGGAGAUGUCCUCAGUAGAUUGUUUGACUGCCUGUUCGUCAAGAGGUGGUGCUGAUAUGAACUGGUCAAGCUCUUCCUUUUUUGUUCCUAUUGGCUUUUCCAGAUUGGCAGAAAGCAUUGCCAUAAAUGUUUAGUUGUCAACUUGUGAAGUCGUGAACGGUAUCAAGGAUGCGAAUGCUGAAGUGAAUGGUCGUACAACGGUCGGCUCGGGAGACUACUUGAUUAAUAUUCGAUAUGAGAAAUAGCAUGUGUUGGUAUCUCCUAUCCUUAACGCCCUAUCAGCAAUCGUUCUUUGAGACUUGAUGAAAGACCCAUUGUUCCUUCGGGUUCGUUGUUCGUUUUGUCGCUGUCGACGUUCGACUUCUGCUUUAUGUUCCAAGAAUUCUGCAAGACAUCCCAACAAUAAGAUCUUUGUCUGUAGAGGACAAAGCUACAGGAACAUCAUCGUAUGGUCGAACUCAGCCUUGCCGCUGGGUUUCCUGUUUGUUCAUCCAAAGGCUCUUCCCAGGUUUCAUUUCAUUACCCAGCUCGCCAUGGCAAGACGUGGAACACCACCCGCAUACCAAUCUUGGAUAAUAUUGAGUGUUUCGAGAAGGCAGGCGACUGAUAGGAAACCCAUAUCGAUAUGUGGGGAAAUGUACGUCGCCGCCAAAACGCGAGGUCAAGUCUAUCGAUAGGUCGAAGGAGCUUAUGCAUAGCGAUUGUAUCAAACCCCCUUUAACUUCACGCAAAUUGCAUCAACGCGAGGCUACUUGUCGGUACCUGUUCGAUGUGGAUGGCAGAGGAUUUUGAGGCCACCGGGCGCAACGAAAUCCAUUGGGUCGGACAAAAGCUCUCUGCUGGUUGGCCAUCCAGUCAACACGGUCCUGAGGGGCCACCAUCUUGUCCUACAGGGUUGUGAAAGGAAUUCAUGGGAAUGCUAUAACCCAUCGUUGACGAGACAUCCCCAGGCAUGGGUGCCACAGAGUAGCUGUGUCGCCGGGGAUCACCCAUCAAAGACCCAGGGGUAGCGAUAGCGUGGUAGCUUUCGGUCCGUGAAACUUGAGGAUCAGGGAACAUUUGAGAGGUGUAUUGCUGGGGAUGCAUUGAUGAAGUUAUCGACUGCCUCGGUACUGGUGUAGGGACGUUGGAGGGAAGUGGCCGGGCGUAUGCUGAAGGUGGCUGGAUAGCUUGGCCAGAUUCCCAUAUAGAAGAACUGCUUGUAGAUCCACUUGCGAUAGAUGGUUCACGGCUUUCCUGCGGAGGGAGGCCGUAAGAUACGCCAGUCUCGAGAGCUGUAGGUCUCCGGGGUGCUAUAACCUGCUGAAGGGAUUGGACACUAUCGCUGUGAGUGUUGGGGGUGAAGUGCGAUAUUGCUGUCGGAUCGGUCUGCGAUGCUGUACCCGAGUGCAAGUAACUAGUAAUGUAAUCAUCGCUGAUCCCAUGUCGGUUGAGAAGACCACGGAGUUGUCUGUUCUCCUCUGCAACCCUCCGCGCAGCAUGUUGCACCUCUGAGGACGCCUCGACACCCUGCAACUCAUACACUCGGAGUCGUUGCUCCAGCUCUUGGAGAU